AUGGCUGGAAACAAAGCUGGACGACGAAUCAAUUAUGCUAGAUAUUCCAGAAUAUCAAAACCAAAUAGUGUAUAUAUGUGCGAUUUAAUUGAAAUACCAUAUGAUGAACAAAAUUUACUUGAAAAUGAAACAUUUCGUAUGCAAACCUGGGAGCCUGAUCUCGAAAUAAAGGUUGAAAAUCCGAACCUUAAGGCUAAAGAGCCUGAUCUCGAAAGAAAGUUUGAAAAUCUGAACCUUAAGGCUAAAGAGCCUGUUCAUGAACAAUAUCCCGAGAAUGUAUCUGCGGAUCCGGAUCUCGAAAGAUUUGCUGUCUUUUGUUACAUUAUUGAUGAUGAUUGGGAAGAUGGUGAAGAGCAAGCAAAAAACGCCAUCGCAUAUUCCCAUCUACUUGAAUCUAAAAAUCUUGAUGCAUCAAAAGGAACGCAUAUAUUACUUGUUCAUGGAGAAAUAGUACGUUAUGGAGAGGAAAUAACAUCUGUUGAAUACAAUCAACUUGCCGAAGAUUAUCCGAGAAUGUAUUAUGUUCCUAUUGUUAGAAAAAUUGUUAGGGUACGCAAUCAAUGA